AUCGCCAGCCAGCCAGCGCCAGCCCAUCCCCGCCAGGCCCAGCCCCCAGCUCGGCGCCCCCCACCAACAGCCCAGCCCCCUCGCCCGCCUUCCCUCCCCGCUACCUUCUGCGGCGUUUCUCUUGUUCACCACCGCACGCCGCGGCCUGGUCAGCCUAGCGGCAGCCACGACAAACACGUGGGCGAAGGCAGCCAAUCGGGCGGCGCUGGCGGCGGCCCACUCGGGAGAGAAGAGAAAUGGGCAACGAGGGGAAGCGGCACGGGGAGGGUGAAGAGGCAUUAGAGUGGGAAGCUGUGGGCUCGUGUGAUAGCCGCUACACUGCUUUGUUUUUUAGAUCCAAGACGGGGAAAAGGCAUACCAAGAUUCCUGGUGUGAACGGAAAAGGAGGAAAGGACAUUCAUUCAUAAAAAUCCAAUUCCUGUUUUGAAUGGAGUUAAAAUCAAAAGAGAUAGAGAGGAGUGGGAUUUAUUUAUUCUAAAAUGCAAUAAAGUGCUUUGUAUUUGCAGAUCUGCACUAUCGAUAUUUUCAUAUAUAAAAAGGCCACCGCAGAAUCGUUAUUCUUCUGGUCUAAAACGGAACUACUUUUGGUUUUCCACUCUAACGCCCUAGUGCAAAGUAUAGGUGGUUUUCGCACAAUAGAGAUGUCAUGCCCAGAGCGACGUCACGCUUAAAGAAUCAUGGUCGGGGGCGGGCUUAAAUGUUUCCCGGAAGCUUAAACUGUGUGACGCUCAUCUUCUUUCUAGCUCUAUGAUGCUUUCAGAUUCCGGAGUCAAGGUAAAAACGUAGCUUUGCCAUGGGAUUUUUUUGAGCUGUGCUUUUGCUCCACUUAGUACAGAGCCAAUGUUAGUACUGCAUGAUCGGCAAUUAAUGCAGCUGCUAGCUCCACUUUGCCAUGCCUGCAGGAGUAUCUUGGCCUCGCUACCUGAAAAUGUUCACUGCAAGCAUGUUGUCCAUGCUUGCUGGUGCAGAAGUUGUCCAUCGAUAUUACAGGCCUGAUCUUACCAUACCUGAAGUUCCUCCCAAACCUGGAGAACUCAGAACUGAACUUUUAGGUCUCAAAAAAAGAAAUCAUCCAGUUCAGCCUUCACAGCAGUGACCACGUGAAGAAUGUCACUCCAUCCAUAAACUGUUCCUUAAUUUUAUUUAUAAUUGCCCAUAAAUCUUGAAUACUGUUUCUUGCCAA